UACCCCUGGCCAGGAGAUAAAGAAUGUGGAGGAUUUGUAACGAGAAUAGCAAAACCAGGAACCAUCCCUAUGAGAGCUCUAGCUUCCUACCCUGGCUCUGGGAAUACUUGGAUCAGAUAUCUGAUUGAGGGUGCCUCAGGGAUCUUUACUGGGUCCAUAUUUGUUUCUACGUCAAUUACUGAUGCUGGACAUCUCGGGGAACUGAGGAAUUUCAGAGAUGGUUCUACAAUUCUGCAAAAGACCCAUCACAGAGCCAUCUACCCAUACGGUUAUAGACAAGCUGUAGUUGUGGUUCGUAAUCCAUUUAAUUCCAUUCUUUCCUACUGGAACUUUUACAAAACGGGUAGUCAAACAGCAUCAGCAGACAGGAACAGUUUGCUUUCUAAGGAAUUCCAGGACUUUGCUUUUGUUGGAAUCAACCAUGUUUACUUUGUGUUUUAUGAGGAUCUAAAAGAUGACCCUGUAGAAGAAAUAAAAGCUUUGUUUGACCAUCUUGGGAUAGAACUCGACCUGAACAGACUGGAGUGUAUUAAGAAACAUCUUACUGGAAAAUUUCAGAGAAAGAACCAUGUUGAGGAGAAUCUAUAUUCUUUUGAUCAUCAAGCUUUGUAUAAACUUGUUAUAGAUGCUGCUAGCAAGAGGAUAGAGGAGAAGACUG